UGCGGUGGCCAUCAUCACUUCAUAGUUUGCUUCUCCGAGACGGUAGCCUGGACCGUCAGGCCGUCACAGCAUCAAGUGUUCGGGACUCCGAUACAACCUGCACUCCGAUUGUGCAGAUCGUAUUGUAACUAGAGGUGUGCAGGCCACGCUCGUUAAGUUUCCAUGAUAUAACGAUGCGGGGCUCCCAUAUUCCUCGUUUGGCUUGUCAUCUGGCCUUUUCCCCUCUCCCCUCGCCUAUUCGACCUCCUCCUCCUUUUUCGCUCCUCUGCUCAAGUGCUCACCCCCUACCCCACCAGACCUGCCUGCCAUUUCUGGUCACCCCGCGUCCGCUACGAACCCUCACGAAAAGUGAAGAUGCCCGCUUAUGACGAUGACGAUUUCAUAUUUCCGAUUUUCAAGAACCUAGCUCAUCGCCCCGCCUCGGUCUUGCCACGCGGAUUGGAUGCAGUUCCGGUCCCCCAACGUCCGUUUUCGACUCCGGUCUCCCCUGCUGACAGCCCCGAUUCCAUCGCGCACAGAAUGGGGGAUGUCACCGAUGAACCACCGUGCGUGUCGACGGCGCCACGCCCAGCAUCCUCGCGACCGCCUCUUGCGAAACUCGUCAUCGAUCAUGCCAGAUCUGGACCACCUUCCCCUUCGGGAGCUUCUUCAGACGACUGCGCCGGUGGUAGCCCAACGGCUGGUCUUAGUCCUCGCUUGAAGAGAAGGUCGAAUGUUUGGGCAGCUUUGACACCAGCGGGGAAAAAGAGGGCCUGUCAUGCGAUGGCUCCAAACUAUCGUCCCAGCUCCCCAUUCAGGGAUCGGCCUGGGUCACCGCUGGGAAAACGUCCAGGAUCACCGGUGUAUUCUCCGUUCUCUCCCACAGUACCUCUACAUGAUAUGUCGGAUAUGGGCGAAGAGCUGGACUCUUCUGAUCAAUCACUUAUAGCCGCCCUCGGCACUGAUCUCGCUGGCCGGAUCGACUCCGUCGGUAGAUUCCCCAUUGGUGCAGGGGGAUACGGCCAAGUAUAUCGAGGGAAGCUUGACGGUCGGUUCAGUGUUGCAAUCAAAUGGAUGUGGAGUCCUACGUGCGACAUGUCGCGGUACAUGCGGAGGGAACUCGAAAUUUCCAUUGGCCUCAAGCAUGAAAACAUCCUGCCUUUGAUCGGUUCAUGUAGACUGGAUGGCCACCCGGUGCUCAUAACCCCGUUUAUGAAGUUCGGAGAUAUCUGGAAAUAUCUAUCCGGUAGCCAUCAGAAAGUGUCGGGUCUAUCCCUGAUCUUGGACGUAGCAUCCGGGCUGGCCUAUCUGCACAGGCACAACAUUGUGCACGCAGAUUUGAAACCGUCAAACGUCCUGGUAGACAAACAUCAUCGCGGAUGCAUCUGCGACAUGGGGAUAUCUCAUAAUCCCACUGACCAUCUGUUCACGACCCCGACUGCUCACGGUUCGUUUCCGCACAUGGCUCCCGAGCUUUUGUUCUUGGACAUUCAUGGCCGCGACUACUCUGAAAUGAAGGUGACUCAGGCAUCGGACGUUUAUUCGUUCGGGAUCACGGCUCUGGAGAUCUUGAUUGGAAGGAAAUUGGAAAACAGGUCACGCCGUGGCCAAUCCUACAUUACCAACGAGGAUGACUUGAAGAAGCGCGAGCCCCGGCGUUGUGAUUACCCGCAAGUUCCUGACCAGAUCUGGAAUAUCCUGGUCAACUGCUGGGCGCGAAACCCGGCGUCUCGCCCCACCAUCUUUUGGAUUCGUCAGCAACUCACUGGCAUUUCAGGCGAUUCGGCAGUCAGGCGUGUCUCUCAUGGCUCUUAGUAGCUACUCUUGCCAUGAGAUAGACUGUUUAAUGGAAAUCCCUAGUGGGUUUACAAGCCUCGCA